GCUUUACUAGCAGCUCUGGGACAAUGGCAGUGCAUGAGGGGGUUAUAGUGCUGCUUCUUCUUUUAGGUUGCAGCUGUGAAGCUCAACUGAAGUCUGGGUUUCUUGUGAAGACCCCUCAAGUGGCUGCAGUUUAUCAAAAUGGAUUAGGUGCUCCCCAGGUGGUGGCAGCUGGCUAUCAGGUUGGCGUAGGGGCUCCCCAGGUGGUGGCAGCUGGCUAUCAGGUUGGCGUAGGGGCUCCCCAGGUGGUGGCAGCUGGCUAUCAGGUUGGCGUAGGGGCUCCCCAGGUGUCUUCGACCGGCUAUCAGGUUGGCGUAGGGGCUCCCCAGGUGGCUUCGACCGGCUAUCAGGUUGGCGUAGGGGCUCCCCAGGUGGCUUCGACCGGCUAUCAGGUUGGCGUAGGGGCUCCCCAGGUGGCUUCGACCGGCUAUCAGGUUGGCGUAGGGGCUCCCCAGGUGGCUUCGACCGGCUAUCAGGUUGGCGCAGGGGCUCCCCAGGUGGCUUCGACCGGCUAUCAGGUUGGCGCAGGGGCUCCCCAGGUGGCUUCGACCGGCUAUCAGGUUGGCGCAGGGGCUCCCCAGGUGGCUUCGACCGGCUAUCAGGUUGGCGCAGGGGCUCCCCAGGUGGCUUCGACCGGCUAUCAGGUUGGCGCAGGGGCUCCCCAGGUGGCUUCGACCGGCUAUCAGGUUGGCGUAGGGGCUCCCCAGGUGGCUUCGACCGGCUAUCAGGUUGGCGUAGGGGCUCCCCAGGUGUCUUCGACCGGCUAUCAGGUUGGCGUAGGGGCUCCCCAGGUGUCUUCGACCGGCUUCCAGGUUGGCGUAGGGGCUCCCCAGGUGGCUUCGACCGGCUUCCAGGUUGGCGUGGGGGGGACCGGCUAUCAGGUUGGCGUAGGGGCUCCCAAGGUGGGGGCGGCCGGCUAUCUGAGCAAGCAAGUUGCUCCUGCUCUGGUUAAAUCUGUGACUGGAAUGCAAGUGAACCCUGAUAGUGUGAGGGUUGUAUGUGGGGAGGAUUCGGUUAUGGUGGAUGUGCUACAGGACCUUCUAGCUAUUGGCCAGCUGAUCAAUGCUUCAGACAUCACCCUUGGUGGUUGUGCACCCACUGGGCAGGAUGCUUCUGGCACAGUGAGGUUUCAGUCUGUGCUGCAGGCCUGUGGAAGUACACUGAUGAUGACUGCUGAUGCCCUGGUCUAUAGCUUUGCAUUGAUCUACACCCCCAGUGGUAUUAAUGGCAGCCCCAUUGUGAGGACCAAUGGUGCUGUGGUUGGCAUUGAGUGUCACUAUUUGAGGAAGCAGAAUGUGAGCAGCAAUGCCCUGGUGCCAACCUGGAUCCCCUACUAUGCUACAAUGGCGGCUGAGGCACAACUGAAUUUCUCACUGAGGCUGAUGGAUGAUGCAUGGCAGAAUGAGAGGGCCUCCAAUGUGUACUUCCUGGGAAGUGUCCUGAACAUUGAAGCCUCUGUCCUUGUGGGCAACAGUCAGCCCCUGCGUGUCUUUGUGGACAGCUGUGUGGCCACCUUGGUCCCUGAUGUGACCUCUGUCCCUAGCUAUGCCUUUGUGCAGAACUCUGGGUGCCUGACUGAUGCCAAGGUGACAGGAUCCCGCUCCCAGUUCCUGCCCAGAAAGCAGGAUGACAAGCUGCAGCUUCAGCUGGAUGCUUUCAGGUUCUCUCAGGAUGGCAGGAGCUCACUGUACAUUACUUGCAGCCUGAGAGCAACAGUGGCUUCUGUGCCUUUGGAUUCCCAACACAAGGCUUGUUCCUUCUCUCUUGCCGCUAACAGGUGGGUGUCUGUGGAUGGGAAUGACCAGGUGUGUGGCUGCUGUGACGCCAGCUGUGGGCUUGCAGGUGUAGCAGGUGCUCAAGGCACAGGUGUUCUGGGCCCCAUUGCUAUCCAACAGGGUCCUCCCACGGCUAGUCAGCCUGGACAGCUGUAUAUUCUGAAGGGAUAGGGACCAAGCUGCAUGGUCCCAGGAUGGAAGGAGCCACCUAACUUGCCUGGCAUAUUCUGCACUGCUUGUCAUGCUGUUGCUUCCCCCUAAUGAGGUGACUGCAGUUGUGCAGGAGACCAAGGGCACUGUCUUGUGACUGAAUAAAGCACUAGUAUUUGAAAUGG